AUGGCCUUAUCAACCAAAAUAUCUACGACAAUUAAUAAUAUCAACAUGGAUAUUAAUUCUAAUAACCACACUAUCAGCAGAAUUGACCCAAGUGAAGAAGUAAUCAUUCUUGAUUUUACUUGUUGUAUGACAUCUACUAUAGCUAUAUCCAAAUGGCUGAACAGUAUAUUUAAUCAAAAUAAUAUUCAACUGUUAUUAGAUCUUAUGCAAGACACAUGGUCAAAUCUUAAACCUGGUCGUGAGACUGAUAUCAUGACAAAGUAUGCUGAAGAUGGGAAAAAAUAUUGUUUCUAUUAUUGCAUGAUGUUUUAUGUUUCUAUGGUGAUUUUUCUACUACUUCCAAUGCGAGAUAAGUUGAUGGUAUUACUGGGUCUAUCAGAUGGUCCAGCAGAAUGGGCAUUUCCGUAUUUCGUUGACUACUGGAUCGAUGAACAAAAAUAUUUCUUCUGGAUUGAAUUACAUAUGAGUAUCGGUUCUGCUUUUACAAUAACUGCUAUCGCUGGUCCAGAUUUAAUUUUUUUGGUUUUUAUGCAACACACUUGUGGAAUGUUUGCUGUAAUUUGGUAA